AUGGUGCAUGGAAGUUUCUGGGCCAGGGAUCAAACCCGCACCACAGCAGCAACCUCACCUGCGGCAAUAACAGGGCCAGAUACCUAACCUGCUGUGCCACAAGAGAACUCCCAUCCUAUUGAGUUUUAUGCGGAGUUCCCGUCACAUGAAACAUUCGUUUUCUAAUAAUGUUUUUCAGUGUUGCAAAACGUAAUUAAGUAUCCUGGUUUCUUUAGUUACAUGUGUUUUUUUCCGAGAGGACACAUCAUUUGUGUCUUAUAUGCUUGUACAUUUUUUCUGUGGAGUAUUUCCACAAAUGACCUCCAAAUUGUUUUUAAAACCUGCUAUUGCUCACAGAUGUUGCAGACAGCCAGUCCAGACCACACGUGCUGAGCCCCAGGACUGGCCGCUGGCCACCUUUACUGUGCUCUGAUGGGCUCCUGACGGAAGCUGGAAACCAGGAGUGUGCAGGUGGGUUCUGGCCACAAGUCCGUUUUCUCUCUCUCUUUCUUUAUAAAAAAUCUACCACCUUAACCAUGGUUUGCUUGGUUGUCUGUCUGUCUGCCUGUUUGGCUGCGCCCACAGCAUGUGCAACUUCCCGAGCCAGGGACUGAACCUGUGCCUCAGCCCGGACCCGAGCCACUGCAGAGAGAACGCCGGAACUCUAACUUGCUGUGCCCCCAGGCAACUCCCACAGUCCACUUUCUUUGGCUCACACGGGAUUGAAACUGAUGUUGAAUUGGUGGCAAAUAUCGAACGGCUUGCCAGAUUGCACAUAAAGUCUGAUUCAUGAGUGUGCUUAAAGAGUCAGGAACUGCAGCAUCACAGCGCCUUCAAUACACACAACUCUUACUGUGGCCACGAGGGGUGUGAGACAUAAGGAGCACAAAAGUCAGGAGGCGAAAGCCAAGACCCCUAAGCAGAACUUAGAAGGAGAUGGCCGAUAAGAGACAAUAGAGGCGAGGAGACCAAGGGUCAACUGCUGAGGACAAACCACACGCCAGGGCCCAGGGCCACAGCGACAAGCCCUAGGAAGCUCUUCGGCUUUGUCCUUUUACUGCAGUGAAAUGGAACAGUCAGUUCUCCGCUGCACUGGCACAUUGCCAGAGCUCAGGGGCCAUGCAGGGCCCUGGGUCACACCGGGCAGAGCACAGGGCACGUCCACUGCCAGGGGCAGCUCUGCUGGACACGGGCCCUAGGGAUGAGGCCGGAGGGAAGGAACCAAAUGUCCUUUAGGAGCAAAACCGUACAACUAGUUCCUGGCCUGACCAGAAGAGCCAGCGUCUGAGGGGGCGGGCAGCUCGGAGUCCUGGCUUGACCGUAAGUGAAACAGGGCCCCCAGUCUGGGCUUUCACAGGGUUCAUAGGAUAGCGUGCCCGUUCUCCACGGCAACGCCCCCAGUGGGUGGGCAGCAAGGACCCAGGGUGUCAUUUCAGGGAAACAAGUCCCUCAGGUAGAGAUGCCAAAGGUCAACAAACGUGUGAAACGAUGCUCAGCCUCCCUGAGAAUCGGAGGUCUGUUCGGUGCCGUUAGCAGCACCUGCCUGUUAGGGGUCAGGGUGGACAGCAAGCCUCGAGCCUAGCGGAGGGGAGGGAGGCAAAUCUCCAUGGGCCACGGGGAGAAAAUACAUUGGACGUUUCUGGAGAAAAAUGGGCAGUGCUUUUCAGGACGAAGCAAGGUGUCCACGUGCUAACGCAUGAUUGGACUGUAGGAUCCUAACCCACCAGGAAUGACAGGAGGAGCCCAGAAGACACGUAGACGGCGUCAGGCUUCAUGACAGGAAAGCCUGUAGGGGGUGGCUGUCAGGUCAGGAGGGAUCGGGGAUGGCCACUGUGUCCACACAGAACCCCGGGGGGACGUUCAGAAGGAAUUUACGGACCGAGAAAGAUGCUCGUGACAUGUGGGGGGUGAACCCCCCAACAGCAGAACCAGUGACAGAGGUGACCUGACUCGCACGAAGACACACAGAGGAGAGCCCCAUGAUGCAGACACACCUGGGGCACACACACAUCUCCUGCUAAGGGAGGGAAGGGUUAUGGGGGUCACAGAGACAGCCCUUCCGUUUGGCUGUAUCACAGCCUCUGCCUUGAAUUCCACCAAGCAUGUGUUUACCCCAAAUUUUCGCACACACAGGAAGGAGGAUUUUCGACGUGCCAGCAACAGCAGCCACAACGGAGAGGAGCGUGCAGGGGGAGGCCAUCUACCUUCUCCCGUGUUCCGAUUAUACCAAGGGAUGACGAUUGGCCUGCAUCUCAGGACUGUGAGGCAGACGCACUGUGUCUGGAAUGGCAAGGGCGGGCCACUGGCCCGGGCACAGAACUCGGAGCCAGCCUUCCUCCUUAUGCCAUCCUGUGAGCGUGGGGAGGAGCAGUCAGAGCUGUGGACCAGGAGGUCACACCUGCUGCCUGGGGAGACCUUUCCAGGAAGAGGCUCUGGGUCCCUCUGCACUGUCUGUGUUUCUCUCCUGUAGGCUCCCCCGGGCUCCCUGAUGGGCUUCAGGCUUCUGGGCUCCCCUGUCUGGGGCUGGGGGCUGGUCAGGGAGGACUGAACACUGGACCUCAGAUUCCUGGGGCCCAGGGGGUGGGGAGUCCCAAGGCACUCGGAAGCCCGGGUCUCCCCUAAUUGGCCCUUUGAGGCCUCGGGCCCCAGGCCUGCCAAAGAGAACACCUGCCCCAACAGCGUGACCCAGAGGUACAGGCACCUGACCCACUGCUCGGCUGAGGAGGUAAGACUUAGGGGAACAGGUGAGCUGAGUCCCUUCCAGGCCCUGCUUCCUCCAAGACCCAAGAGCUUCCUGCUCCUCAACCUGGAGCACCAGCCUGAGGCUCACUGAGACCCCAGGUGCCCUCCGCUGCCCCCUCUCCACCCUCCUUCGCUGCACAAGAAGCCAGAACCGAACGGGGAACAGGCAGGGGCCCCCGGUCCCCACUGAGGAUCACCAGCACAGACGUGGUCAGAGGCUCAGGAGACCCUGGGAGAGUAGGUCCUGGCUGUGCGGGCUCAGGUGAGUCAUGACCUUCACCGUGAAAAGGUCAGCUACGAGGCAGGGAGGCUUGGAGUGGAAGCAGACUGUGAAGAACAGGGUGGCAGUCGUGCCAAGUAUACAGUGAGCCCUCAUGGCUUGCUCUCAGCAGAGGCGGGGAAACACUCCUGCCUGGCCAGUCCUCGACUCACCUGAUGGAUAGCACGGUGCUCCAGGCUGUAGGCAGUGAGCUGAGACGGGAUCGAGGCCCACAGGAGAGACAGACAGAAAAGCCCCCACCAGGCCUGGUGAGGCUCUGCCCCGCUCUGCUCCCAGCCUGGCCUAGAGAUGGAACAUCACCCAGCCACGACCUGGUGGGCAGAAGGGGAUGAGUAAAUACUUCUGAAGUAAAUAAAGAGUCAAAUACGGGGCAGAAGGUGGAGGAUUCGACCCCGGGGCAAAGAGGGGAACCUCGGCAGCAUUCCCGAAGGAGGAGACAGGAGGCUGCAAUGCCACGGCCACGCUUCAGACCCCCAGGCCUGCAAAGCCCCUGGUACCACACCCCAGCCCCCAGCACACUGUGCACAGCCACCCACAGCGGAAGUGCUCCCAGCACACGAGUGAAGGAGUGAACCCAGGCACUGUGUUCAUUGCAGGGCAGUCGGGCCACCUGGAGGGAAGACGUGGCAGCUGGUGGCCUCCUGCUAAGUGGACAGAGACGCCCUGAGUGUCCCCCUGCUCCAAGGACAUGACCUCCUGACCUUGACCUGCUCCGCCGCACUGCCUCCCUCCUGCUCUCUGCACCUGUCCCCAGCUCAGGGCCAUGUCACAUCACAGAAAUGGAACCCUCUCGGUGGUGCCUCUGCAGGAGUUUGUGCUGGAGGGGUUUCAGGGUGGGCUGCAGACCCAGGCCCUGCUCUUUGCCCUCUUCCUGGCCCUGUACUUGGCGGCCGUCCUGGGGAACCUCACCAUGAUCGUGGUCAUCACCCUGGACGCCCGUCUGCACUCCCCGAUGUACUUCUUCCUCAAGAACCUCUCCUUCCUGGACCUGUGCUACUCAUCUGUCAUCUACCCCAAGGCCCUGGCCAACGUCCUGUCCUCAGCCAAGGUCAUCUCCUUUGGGGGCUGUGCCACCCAGUUCUUCUUCUUCUCCAUGAUGGGCACGACUGAGACUCUUCUCCUGGCCGUGAUGGCCUACGACCGCUUCCUGGCCAUCUGCAGCCCCCUGCACUAUCCCAUCACCAUGUGCCCAUCAGCCUGUGCCCGCCUGGUCCUGGGCUGCUAUGGUGGAGGCUGCCUCAACUCUGGGGUGCAGGCUAUCCUCACUUUCCGCCUCCCCUUCUGCAGCUCCAACCACAUUGACCACUUCUUCUGCGAUGUGGUCCCCCUGCUCCAGCUUACUUGUACUGACACAGCUGUCAACAAGCUGGUCUUGUUUGGCAUCUGCGGGCUCAUCAUCGUGGGCACCACACUCGGGGUCCUCAUCUCCUAUGCCUACAUCACCGUGACCAUCCUGAGGCUGCGCUCGGGAGCAGGCAGACACAAGCUCUUCUCCACCUGUGGCUCCCACAUGACGGCCGUGUCCCUCUUUUAUGGGACCCUUUUUGUCAUGUAUGCCCAGCCGGGAGCGGUGGAGUCCAUGGAGCAGGGCAAGGUGGUCUCUGUCUUCUACACCCUGGUCAUCCCCGUGCUCAACCCCCUCAUCUACAGUCUGCGGAACAAGGAGGUGAAGGAUGCCCUGCGGAGACUGGGCCACAAGCUCACAGCCCUCUGACGGACGGUGACCUGGGAGACAGCGCGUCCUCAGGGCAGGAAUUUGUUCCUCUAUCUUCCAAUUCAUUCAUUCAUCCAACAUUUCAUUCAAUUCUGCAUUGAAGCACAUCAUGGACCACACAUGCAUGUGUGAGAUGCCAAGAAAAUGAGGCAGACAAUUAAUGGUCCAUGAUGAAUGGAGACCCUAAACCUGAAGUUUCUAGAACGCAGUGGGAAGAGGCAUGGACAGAGGGUCUCUGAACCAGGGGACAGGUCCCAGUUCAACACCUUCAGUGAAGGUAUGUGAGCAGACAAAUGCUCUGGCCUUUUCCCUUCACUUGAUGGCUGAAUCUCAAGUAAACCUGUGCUCAGCAAUAGCACCUUGACCACCCAGAAGGGGGAUUUAGGACGCUCAUCCCUGCCCUUCCUUGGGGAUACCCUGCGGUCAGCAUAGCCUCUUAGGGGAGGGGGGAGGACGGUGCUUCCCCUCCGUUUGGCAUCUGGAUGUUCCCCUCCCCCUCCCCUCUGUUCACUAAUCCUACCACCUCCAACAGGAAGCACAGUGACCUGUGCUCCUGCUUCAGGGGCUCCCGGUCACCCUGUCCCUUGUUUCUCACCUUAAAUAGCAACUCAGAGUCCCAGGAAGCCAACAUAAAUGCCCAAUGUCCAAUGUUGCCCUAGCCGCGUCCACCCAGCCUGGCCGGUGACAACAUCCUCACUACGUGUCACCCUGACGAGUGAUGCCCUGACACAGCAGACAUCUCUGAAUGAGGGUGAGUUCCUGGUGGCUGCAGCAGACCGCACGGAUGGAAAGGGAGGUGCACUGUCUUGCCAGAGCGCACGGCUCCCUGGCCUCUGUCCCACACUCCCUGGAGCCUGGACCCCCUGUCCUGACCUGCCCACUCGGAGCUCCAGCCUCAUGCUCAGGGGACCCCACACAGAGCCUGGGCUCACAGCCCGCUGGCCUCCUUAUCUUAACUCUCUGUAGUGGAGUCAUUCAUGCCCAUGGUCACCAGAAGGUUGUGCUCGGGACAUGGGGGUGAUCUGCUUGCUCCUGGGCCAGUAGGGACCUGCCCUGCUUCUGCCAUCCCAGCUCUCACGGAACCUCUCUCCCUGCUCAAGCAAACUCAAGGUCUGCGGCUCACAAUUCCUCACCGAAAACAUUCUCGAAGUCUCUCACGGAACUUUCUCACCACCGCCUCAUCUUUGCACCUCCCAAAUGACAUCUCCCCCUUCCACAGGUACUGCAGUCACCUGCUACCAAAUUCCCGCUUGCAGAGUCCCCCAGAUUUUCUGCUACACAAACGACAGACCUGUCUCUCCCUCCUGCCUUUCUUUCCUGUCAUUCCAUGGAGGUUUAGAGACAUGUUCUCCUGUCAUCUAAUCGAUCCAGAUUUGGAGAGGGAAGAGUAGACGUUCCCUCCACGUGCGCGUGUGUCUUCAUUCUGAUGGAUUUUGCAUUCCCAACAGGAAGACACCCCUAAGGGUCCACGGUAACAGAGCGUUUCUCCUGAAUUAAGGGUAAGUAAGACUGGGCCUUAGAUGCAAAUGCUCAGCAGUCUGAAGAAGAAGGAAAAAGGAAUAAAAGUUACAGAGUGUUGUGUCCUCUAAAUUACCCACACUUCAGACUGUAGUGACGCCCACGGUACCGUGUUAAGUGGGAUGGUUUCGCUAUCUUGAUCCCCGACGGGCUUUGCAGACGGCCCCUCAGGAGGUUCUCAGCCAAAAUCUACCACAACUGCAACUGAGUUCAUUGUUUUUUGUUUUGUUUUGUUUUGUUUGUUUGUUGUUUUAAUUUUCCCACUGUACAGCAAG